AUGGAGAAUAAAAAGGUGGAUAAACAUUUUAUUAUAAAAAUGAAGGAACACCAAUGGAGGUUGUUUGAAUAUAAUAUGAGUAAAUGGAUUAUUGAAAAUAAAUAUAUUUUAGAUAAGGAAGAAAAGAAAAAAUUCUAUAAAUGUGCAAACUACAGUAUAGGUAGUGGUGUGAUAAAUGCAUCGUUAAUAUAUUUUUUUUGCAAAAAAAACAAUAGAUAUUUUACACCUGUAUCAAGGCUUUUUUUAACCUUUUCAUUGGGUAUUUACACAUCCUUGGUUGUUAAUAAAAUAUAUAGGCGAAAAGCAUACACCGAAAUAUUGACCGAAAAAACAACAAUGACUGAUAAGGCAGUAGAAAUAAUGAACGAUAUAUUAAAUGUAAAUAAUAACAAUAAAUUACCAUCCAGUGUAACUGAGCAAAAGGAAAAAUAUAGUAAUACAACUGACACAGAUUCGAACAAUUUUUUGGAAAAUGGCUAUAUACAAAUAAAUACUGACUUUAAACCCAAAGGCAACAAUGAUGCUCCUUUAACUCAAGAUGUAAAUGAAAGUUUGGUAAAGGAACAAAUGAAUGAGUUAGACAGGCAGAAUUCUUACCUUUUAAAAGAAUCUAGCGAUAGCAUAUCUGUAAGCUGGGAUGAAAUAAGACGGAUGAAUGGGUAA